AUGCGAGUAAUAACUGUUGGGCUCACCGGUGCCGCAGGCAUCUAUGGCGGCCUGGUACUUUAUCGAGAAUAUUUUGUCGUUGCACAAUAUAAAGGCGAUGAACAACUAUUUGGUAAGACAGCCAUUAUUACAGGUGCUAAUACGGGUAUUGGAAAAGAAGUAGCACAUGAUUUUGCUCGAAGAGGUGCUCGCGUUAUUAUGGCUUGUCGUGAUAUGAAAAAAUGUGAAGAAACACGCGAGAAACUUGUUGCGGAUUCGUUUAAUACAAAUAUUGUUUGUCGCGAAUGUGAUCUGGCUUCGAUUGAGUCCAUAAAAACGUUUGCUGAUGAAAUAAAUAAAAAUGAAAAGUACGUUCAUUUAUUAAUUAAUAAUGCCGGCGUUAUGUGGCAUCCAUCAAAAUUAACGAAAGAUGGUUUUGAGCAACACCUCGGUGUUAACUAUCUCGGUCAUUUUCUUUUAACAAAUUUAUUAAUGGAAAAAUUACGUACUUGUUCGCCAAGUCGAGUUGUUAAUGUAACAUCAUCGAUGUAUAAACGUGGAGUAAUUGAUUUCGAUGAUUUAAAUAUGUCUAAAAAACAAUUCAACGCAAAAAUAGCUUAUGAACAAGCGGCACUUGCGAUUGUUUUAGCCACACAAGAAUUCUGUCGGCAAUAUCCAGGUUCAGGCGUAGUAGCUAAUUGUGCUCAUCCUGGAAUAACUCGAACUGAAAUUGCACGUCACACCAUCGAUAAAUCAUUUAUAAGUCGAAUCAUCGUUGGGCCCCUUCUAAAAGCGUUUAUGAAAACACCAAUGCAAGGAGCUCAAGCAGUAAUUCAAUGCGCUCUUGAUCCAAAACUUGACGGCCAAUGUGGAAAAUACUUCAGUGAUAUGAAAGAAGAGCCAAUUGCACCAAAUGCUACUGAUGCAAAAGAAGCCAAACGUUUAUGGUUAAUUAGUCAACGAUGGGCGCGUUUAGUUUAA